AGGUUAGCCAGGUUAGGUUUCUCGGUCGCGUAUGCAUAGCGCGCUUCGCGAUUUCGCGUCGAAGUCGCUGGGUAGCCUCUCGCUCUCCCGAGACGUGUCUCACGAUCGGUGGCCCCGAUCGCAAAUGACAGGUCGUCCCGACUUAGACUGCCGCUGAACAGGAAACAUGGCCGCGAACGCGAAGACGGUACUGCCCGAGGAGAGCGAGCUAACCGUUCAGGAGCUGAACGUCAGCUGGCCGGUGCUGCAAACCGCGUCCGUUUACAUCGGCAAGGCCUGCGAAUGGUGUAACAAUGAAUUUAUGUUGUGCAGACAAGAGGAGCGCGACCCGCGUCGCUGUCUCAACGAAGGGAAAGCCGUCACCUCGUGCGCAAUGGACGUUCUUAAAAAGAUGAAGAAAAAUUGCUUGGAAGAUUUUAACGCUUACAUGUACUGCCUCGAGAGAUCAACGGGAAGUUUAGACUUCACUCCAUGCCGAAAAACGCAAGCUGCCUUGGACGAUUGUGUUCGUAAGAAUUUGAAUAUAGAGCGUCCGCCCUACGGAUACUUCUGCGAGGCUAAAGUGCAUAACACAUCGAGGCCGCGGCCACCGAAAGAAGAGCCCAUAGUAUUUCCAGACCCAACUCCCGGGCUAUCACCUGACGUGCCACGUGAGAAAUCGAAAUACAGCAAUCGCUUUUGGUAUAAAUCCUAAAAAAUCUCUCAACAGACAACGCUAUAGUAUCUUGGUCGCGCUGUACAGAUUAUAUGAUGUUCAAGACUCGGGGACGCAUCGGGUAAUCUAGACAAUUAUAGGGAAACGGGCGUGUGUAAUUUUCGCAGGACGCUUACUUGAACGCACGUAGAACGUAGAAACGUUCAUAUGAAAACAUAGAAUUGUACAUGUACUGUGAAUAUAAAGAUAUUAACAGCAAA